UUGCAACGUGGGGGAAUGGGGAUACCCGCAUAUCUGACCUCAAAAAUUGGACAAUCUAUUCACUGCUGGCUGUCCCUAGCACAUUUUUAUCUGAGAUCUGGGACUACAACGGAUGGGGCAGAGCUCUGGCCCAGUCUGCCCGCCGACACAUUGGCCAUACUUAACGAAUUCCUAGCGGAGCGUUCAAACCGCGAGGCUGAGGAAAAGGAUCGGAUUGUCAACAAGACCGGCAAAGAUGCACACUUCGAGGAAGAUUGGCAACUCAGCCAGUUCUGGUACAGCACGCAAACCAAGCAUACCGUGCGGGACGUCGUGAAAAAGCUUCUGGAGGAACAAAAUCCUGACUCGAGGGACAACUUCAACAUAGCUCUCCUUUCCUGUCCAUCUCUUUAUAAGGACAUCAAAGAUAUCCAUGAUCAGGUCAACAUCUUCGAGUUUGAUCAGCGGUUCGGGGCUUACGGCACUGAUUUCGUAUAUUACGAUUUCAACUGCAUAGAUAACAAUCCAGACUAUCUAAAGGAACACCACAAACAGUACGACCUUAUAGUGGCCGACCCGCCCUUUUUGUCCCAGGAAUGCAUUACCAAAAUGUCGCAGAUAAUCACCAAACUCCAACGCGAUCCAAGUAAAUCCAAGCUGAUCUUCUGCUCCGGCGAGGUAGUGGAGCCAUGGUUAAUUACCUGCCUACCGGUUCACAAGUGCAACUUCCGGCCGGAGCACGAGCGGAAUCUGGGCAACGAAUUUGUUAGUUAUGCCAACUUCAAUUUGGACAAUUAUAUUGAAAAUAAAUAAGCA